AUUUAUCGUUGAAUAACCAAUUUUCCGAAACAUAUUUUCAUUAAGGUGUCAUUUUUAGCGGCAACAACACUGCCUGUCAAGUUCACUCAUAGUAACAUAAUAAAGUUCGGAUCGGCUCACUUCAAAGCGAAAAUUACGUUAUAUUCCUUUAACGGGCGCAGUGACUAGGACAAAUAAGUAAGUGACUGAAAGAUGGGAGAAUUGCAGCCAAGUCCCGCCUUAGUUCGUAGGGAAUCUAAUGACAUCAAAUCAGAGUUGAAAAACAAGUACACAUGGCAACAAGUGGCAGAGAAAAAUAGUGCAAAGGAAGCGUGGAUUAUCGUACGUGACAAGGUUUACGAUGUUACAGAAUGGCUGUGGAAACAUCCUGGUGGGAAGGAAAUGCUUUUACUACACGCCGGACGAGAAUGUACACAUACGUUUGAUUCAUAUCAUCAGUUCAGCGACAAAUCUGCCAACAUUCUACGAAAAUACGAAAUCGGAUGCUUGGUCGGUGAUAGCGAGUUUCCAACAUACCUACCGGAUACCGGUUUUUACAAAGAGUGUCAACGGCGAGUGGUCGCAUAUUUUGCAAAAAAUCAUCUGAAUCCGAAGCAAAAUAUGCCAGCAAUGGCCCGAACGCUGACAAUAUUUCCGGUUGGCUUACUGUCUUAUUUGCUCAUGACGGGAUGCUUUACGUCGAACGUCCUUGUCAUGCUAAUCUCAUCGAUAUUGCAUGGAUGUUGUGUGGCAAUUCCAUUGAUGCAUUUGGUGCAUGAUUCGUCUCAUGGAGCAAUUACCGGGAACCACAAAAUUUGGGAAUUUAUAGGAAGGUUAGCUAUGGAUUGGCUUAACGGAUUGAGUUUCACCUCAUGGAACAAUCAACACAUCGUGGGACAUCACAUUUUCACGAACGUAGCUGGAGUUGAUCCGGAUCUGCCCGUAAACUUCAAAAGCGAUAUUCGUCGGAUAGUUGAACGUCAGAUUCUGCAGCCAAUCUAUGCUUGGCAACACCUCUACUUACCUCCACUCUAUGGACUUUUGUCACUCAAAUUUCGAAUCCAGGACUUUACUCACACUUUCUUCAGCCGAACAAAUGGUGCCGUCCGUGUCAAUCCAAUCAGUUUGAAAGAUUGGAUGUUGCUAGGUUCGUCUAAAUUAUUUUGGAUAUUUCAUCGUAUCUGGAUUCCGCUGUAUGUCCUGAACGCUCCGUACUUUUGGCUGACAUUCUUUCUGUCUGAGUUCGUCACGGGACUGUACUUGGCAUUCAAUUUUCAGGUCAGUCACAUUUCACUAACGUGUCAAUAUCAGUGUCACGACAGAGACUACUGCAACAUACCGGAGGAGUGGGCGAUAUCUCAAAUAAAGUCUUCUGUUGAUUAUGCGCACGGAUCAUCGCUCGUAGCAUUUUUGUCAGGCGGACUAAACUACCAAGCCACGCAUCACCUCUUUCCGUCGAUUAGUCAAUAUUACUUACCGGAAAUCGCACCAAUCGUCCGUGACGUUUGUAGAGCAUAUCAAAUUGACUACGUGGUACUGCCGACAUUUUUCGACGCACUCAAAGCUCAUUUGCUGUACUUGAAAGUGAUGGGAAAGAAUGGUAAACGAGUGGAUGUACACAUGGGAUAAUUACAACGAAAAUCAAUUUAGUUUUGAAUAUUCGCUUGAUGAAACCUUGGCUAUUCGCAUCCUGUUCAAAUAGUCAUCUUAAAAAUAAAUUCUUUUGGCGCAUGGCCGAGAAAAGACUAUCUAUUUGCACAUUGUAAACUAUGAAGAUCGAUUCUAACAAUCAUUAUA